AUGGACUCCACCGCCUGCCUGAAGUCCUUGCUCCUGACCAUCAGUCAGUAUAAAGCCGUUAAGUCGGAGGCGAAUGCCACCCAGCUUUUGCGGCACUUGGAGGUAAUUUCUGGGCAGAAGCUCACACGAUUGUUUACACCAAAUCAGAUACUACCAAGUGAAUGCUUGAGCUGCCUUGUGGAGCUACUUGAAGACCCAAGCAUAAGUGCACCACUGGUCUUAAGUAUCAUCAGCUUGCUGUCUCAACUAGCUGUAGACAAUGAAACCAGAGACUGUCUUCAGAACACAUACAACCUGAAUAGCGUGCUGGCAGGAAUGGUUUGUCGGGGCAGCACUUGCCAUGGUGAUUCAGUGUUUUUGCAGUGCAUUCAACUUCUACAAAGAUUAACAUAUAACAUCAAAAUUCUCCAUUCUGGUGCCAAUAUAGAUGAGUUAAUUACAUUCCUGAUAGAUCAUAUUCAGUCUCCUGAAGAUGAGUUAACAAUGCCUUGUCUAGGAUUAUUGGCAAAUCUUUGUCGACACAAUCUUUCUGUUCAAACAUACAUAAAGACUUUGAAUAAUGUGAAAUCUUUUUAUCGAACUCUUAUAAGCUUCCUGGCCCAUAGUAGUUUAACUGUGGUUGUGUUUGCACUUUCAAUAUUGUCCAGUUUGACAUUAAAUGAAGAGGUUGGGGAAAAGCUGUUCCAUGCUCGAAACAUUCAUCAGACUUUUCAGCUAAUAUUUAAUAUUCUCAUAAACGGUGAUGGCACACUUACUAGGAAGUAUUCAGUUGAUCUAUUGAUGGAUCUCCUUAAGAAUCCCAAAAUUGCUGAUUAUCUUACCAGGUAUGAGCACUUUUCUUCAUGUCUCAAUCAAGUAUUAGGUCUUCUUAAUGGAAAGGAUCCUGAUUCUUCUUCAAAGGUUUUAGAAUUACUUCUUGCCUUCUGUUCAGUGACUCAGCUGCGCCAUGUGCUCACUCAGAUGAUAUUUGAGCAGUCUCCAUCUGGCAACACCAUUCUGGGAAGCCGUUCUAAAUGUUUAGAUCCUACUGUGGCUCUACUUCGUUGGUCAAGCCAACCUCUGGAUGGAUCAGAAAACUGUUCUAUUUUAGCUUUGGACUUGUUCAAGGAAAUAUUAGAGGAUGUUGUAGAUACUGCUAACUGUUCCUCAGCUGACCGAUUUGUGACCCUUCUACUGCCUACAAUCCUUGAUCAACUUCAAUUCACAGAACAAAAUCUAAAUGAAGCUUUACUAAGAAAAAAAUGCGAAAGAAUGGUCAAGGCCACUGAAGUUUUGUUAACUCUGUGUGGAGAUGAUACUCUAAAAAUGCAUGUUGCAAAAAUUCUGACUACUGUCAAAUGUACCACUCUGAUAGAACAACAAUUUACAUAUGGCAAGAUUGAUCUGGGGUUUGGAACAAAGGUAGCAGAUUCUGAUUUGUGCAAACUUGCUGCUGAUGUAGUUUUGAAAACUCUUGAUUUGAUGAACAAGCUUAAACCAUUGGUUCCUGGCAUGGAAGUAAGCUUCUACAAAAUCCUGCAGGAUCCACGCCUGAUUACACCCUUGGCUUUUGCUUUAACAUCAGAUAAUAGAGAACAAGUACAGUGUGGAUUGGGAAUACUAUUGGAAGCUGCUCCACUGCCAGAUUUUCCUGCCUUAGUACUUGGAGAAAGCAUAGCAGCAAACAAUGCCUAUAGACAACAGGAAACAGAACACAUGCCCAGGAGAAUGCCCUUGCAAUCAUUAAAUCACAGUGUUCCAAGAUCGGUAAAAUGUUUAACUCCUCCACUUUUGAAAGCUGGAGUUCCUGGAUUGAACAUUGAGGAAUUAAUAGAGAAACUACAGGCUGGAAUGGUGGUAAAGGAUCAGAUUAAUGAUGUGAGAAUAUCUGACAUAAUGGAUGUAUAUGAAAUGAAACUGUCCACAUUAGCUUCCAAAGAAAGUAGGCUACAAGAUCUUUUGGAAGCAAAAGCUCUAGCCUUGGCCCAGGCUGAUCGGCUGAUUGCUCAGUACCGCUGCCAAAGAACUCAAGCUGAGACCGAGGCACGGACACUUGCUGGUAUGUUGAGAGAAGUUGAGAGAAAAAAUGAAGAGCUUGGUGUGUUGCUGAAAGCACAACAGGUUGAAUCAGAAAGAGCCCAGAGUGAUAUUGAGCAUCUCUUCCAACAUAAUAGAAAAUUAGAGUCUGUGGCUGAAGAACAUGAAAUACUCACAAAAUCCUACAUGGAACUUGUUCAGAGGAAUGAAACCACCGAAAAGAAGAAUAAAGAUUUACAGAUCACAUGUGAUUCUCUAAAUAAACAAAUUGAGACAGUGAAAAAGUUGAAUGAGUCAUUCAAGCAACAAAAUGAAAAGACUAUUGCCCAAUUAAUAGAGAAAGAAGAACAGAGAAAAGAAGUACAGAACCAACUAGUAGACAGAGAAUGUAAGCUAGCAAAUAUGCAACAAAAAACAAAAGUACAAGAAGAAAAGAUUAAAGUUUUGCAAAAAGAAAGGGAAGAUAAGGAAGAAACCAUUGAUAUCCUUAGAAAAGAAUUAAACAGAACAGAACAGAUAAGAAAAGAAUUGAGCAUUAAGGCUUCCUCCCUAGAGGUUCAAAAGGCCCAAUUAGAAGGUCGUUUGGAAGAGAAGGAGUCGCUGGUGAAACUUCAGCAAGAGGAGUUGAACAAACACUCUCAUAUGAUCGCAAUGAUCCACAGUUUAAGUGGUGGGAAAAUAAGUCCAGAAACUGUGAAUCUCAGCAUAUAG